CACCUGCAAAGCGCUUUACACACGCUCUUGCCCUGAGUGCUCAUAGCACUCUCCAGACUGGCGUCUGUGGUGGUCAUUUCAUAGAGGAAGAAGCAGGCCAAAUGCCUCUCUCAAGUGACUCAGCCAACAAGAGGCCUGUACUCGCCCACACCAUCCUGCCAUCCCGACACCCUGCUGCUUGCCCUUGGAGGAGACUUUGUGCAGCUGCCCGUGCCCAUCAUCCAGCAGCUCUACCACUGGGACUGCGGCCUGGCCUGCUCCAAGAUGGUGCUGCGGUACCUGGGCCAGCUGGACGACAGUGAGUUCGAGAGUGCCCUGCAGGAGCUGCGACUAACUAGGAGCAUCUGGACCAUUGACCUGGCCUACCUAAUGCGACACUUUGGCGUGAGACACCGCUUCUGCACUCAGACCCUGGGCGUUGACAAGGGCUACAAGAACCAGUCCUUCUACAGGAAGCACUUUGACACAGAGGAGACCCGGGUGAACCAGCUGUUUGCACAAGCCAAGGCCUGCAAGGUGCUGGUGGAGAAAUGCACAGUGAGCGUGCAGGACAUCCAGGAGCACCUGGCACAGGGCCACGUGGCCAUUGUGCUGGUGAACUCUGGGGUGUUGCACUGCGACCUCUGCUCCAGUCCUGUCAAGUACUGCUGCUUCGCCCCCAGCGGCCACCGCUGCUUCUGCCGGACCCCUGACUACCAGGGCCACUUCAUCGUUCUGCGUGGCUACAACCGGGCCACUGGCUGCAUCUUCUACAACAACCCAGCCUAUGCCGACCCAGGAAUGUGCAGCACCAGCAUCAGUAACUUCGAGGAAGCCAGAACCAGUUAUGGGACAGAUGAGGACAUCCUCUUUGUCUACUUGGACAGCUGACGGCGGGAGCCUGGUGUGCCCAGGCCCUCACACCCCACCCUGCCACACCCUAGUCGGGCCCACUCAGGAGGCAUUGGCCCAGGCCCAGAGCUGCUAGGGCUUGGAUGCAGAACUGCAGCCUUGGCCCAUGUGACAAAGCCCCAGGAAAUUGGAGCCCGAGGCAUGCCUGCUUUGUCCACCAGCAUUGCGUGUGUCAUCAUGCCACUUACCCUGCACACCUGCUGGUUGCUGGAGGCCUCCACAGAGACUCUGAGUAGAGCCUCCCCCAGGACCCCGGGCCUUACUCCAACCAUGCCCAGGGGACUUCCAGCCCCAUGGGUGUCUUUGUUGCCUGAGAACCAGACCCUGGUGGAGGAUAAGCUUGAGCCCAUCUCCCCACAGACCUGGGGGCUGAGCCCUGGAGAUGCCGCUUGUCAGGAUGGGAUCUGUGUGUUUGGAGAUGGUGUAGCCAACCCUGGCUCUCAGAGCUGUGGACUGUUCCAGGCCUUGCUGGGAACUGCCCUCCCCCCUGACCCCCAGAAGUGCUAUAGACUUCGUGUCCUUUGGUGGACUCUGCCACUCCUUCCUGCCUCCCAGUGGACCCAAGUUCCUGUGGCUGGUUGCCAGGUCUCUGGGCCCUGAGGAAAGCUGGGCCUCAGGCCAAAAGGACCCUGAACCUCACCCCUCACCCUGCACCCUCCAGGUACUAUAGCAUUGUAGGGUGGAGGGCCUUCAGGGGAGUAGACAGGGUCCUGGCUCAGUGCUGAAUGUACUCUGAGAAUGCCUGGCCCUGAGGGCCAAGAACAGCCUCCUGAGUCCCAAAGAACCCAUGAGGCCUCCUGACACUAGCCUAAACCCUUACAGUGGGGCCCAUUCUCUGGGUAUGGGGAGCCCCAAGCCUCACAGGGCUGGGUGCUGGGGUGCUAAGGCCUGCACUCCUGAGGCAAUGGUGGGGAAGCCUGAGGCCUCCCACCCACCCUAGUGUUCAUGCCAGGACCUUUUGCACAGAAUGUUGGGUCUCUUUUUCUUGACAGAGAAGGGUGGUGCCUGCCCAGGAUCACGCAGCACUGCACAUGGCAUGGAUGAUUUGGUUUUUUUGAGAUUUAAGCUUUUACUUGUGGGGAGUGCGAGUCACCCUCAAGUAAGACAAUAAUAGUGAGAUUCAGGUACUUUGGAACCACUGACACCUCUCUUCGUAGGGCAGAUAAGCCAGCCCAAGUUCUCUUUCAAAGAGAAAGGGACUCACAGCUGGUGGGCUGAGUGCCAGGUCCCCUCACCUUAUAGACAAAACCCGGCCAUCAGUCUGGGGAGAGUAUGUCCAGGACAGUGGCGGGGCUGGGUCUUGAACGCAGGUCUGCACCUAAAAACUAAGGGAAAUGGAUCAUUCCCAAAAGGGCUGAGGACGCCCACCCCUCAUGAGCAGUUGCUGACAAGGGAACAAGGCUGUCACAGCAGCCAUACAGCAGCUGCCAUCCCUCUGGACCGCAAACCAUGCUCAGCAUCUGCUCCUGCCAGCUGGCUGGCACCUCCCCACCAUGGCUGCUCUGAGGGGCAGAGAUGGGCCCUGUUUAUGAGGACUGUCAGACCACCCAGCCGAAUUGCUCCUCGACACCAGAUGCAGCCUUUGGCCAAGAGGGAGGCACUAUUAGCUGGUUAGCUAACAGGUCAGCCACCCUGGUUUCAGAGACUAGUGUUGCCUUCAGACUGGUCUCAUCUCUUUUGCCUUAAUGCUGGGUGGCCCAAGAUCCCAAGGAGCUCUGGUUUCACACCCAGGAGUACCAUGUGUGGCAGCUCUGGGGUUUGGGUAUUCUCAGGAAGGUUCUGGCUAAAACUGUGGUAAGAAUAGAUGCAUCAAGGAAAGCAAUGAGGAAGCCAAGCUUUGGAUGACUGGUGGCACUGUCAUGGAGGGCAGCCUCCACGGAGAGUGGUCACAGCACCUGUCCAUCGUGCAACAUUUAGAAACAGUCUCUGGGCAGGCCACAAGUUAGAGGUCACCCAUCUGGAAGAUUAACAAGAAAGCUACCUGUGCCUGAGAUGGUGCCAUCUUCCUGGGGAGGGUCAUGGGGGCAGGAUGCAAACCACGCUAUGUUGUGUUAUUGCACACAUCAUGGAAACAGGGCUGGAGGGAGGCCAGACUUCCAGAACUUCUGCCCAUAACAUGUGGCACCCAUGACCCCUGUCCACAUGCUGGGGGCCCAGAGAAGCCACACAGUUGGUUUUGUUCACUCCAGCCACACAGGGACAAAAGGGAUCUUUUGCAUUGCAGAGAUUUUCUACAUAUAUAUAUUUUGUUUGUAACGAGCCAUUCUCAAUAAACAUUAUUCUCACUGCAAAAUGAUGGC